AUGAUGCAUCAGAAGUUGGAAAAGUGCAUAUGUAAGGUCUCGAUAGCCGAAUCACUUAUUGAGGUUGGUAUCCAAUGUAGGACAGGACGAUCGCUCACUCCUUCUUCAUUACCUUGUAAAUGGGAGAAGAUGGACUACACUCUCUACAUAUACACUCUCUACAUAAACACUUGUUCUUGGAUCUCUUAUCCUAUAGAAUCUAUUAUUACAAGAGCGGAAUAA